UCUAUACCUGAUGACGUCAAUGUACAGAUUUCCUCUCGUUGCUCGUCUGUGGGAAAUGGAAAAUUAAUUGGGAUAUACUGAUCAAAACAGAAUUCAGCAGAUAUGUUAAUGGUGGAAACCCUAGGUAGGCAUGUUGCCCCUCCACCACCAAGGGAACGAUACCGACAUUUGCGUGUCAAAGAAACAAGAAGGGAAUCAUACAGAUAUUGGCCGAAAUCAGAUAGAUUAAAAGAGGAUUUGAUUGAUGAGGGAUUUUUCUAUCUUGGAGAACAAGACAGAGUCCAGUGUGCUUUUUGUGGUGGUGUGCUUCAUAGCUUUGAAGAAAAUGAAAAUGUACACAUAGAACAUUAUCGCCAUUUUCCACGAUGUCAAACUUUUGAAGAAACGGAGACUGCAAUGGAAGGUGCGUUAUUCGGCUAUAUGAGUGACACACAGACCGAUGGUCCAGGGGAUGAAGGAUUAGAUCAAGGAGUUGUGGAGCUGAUGAGGAAGAUGGAUUUAUCUUCAGUCAAAAAACAUCCCAAACACAAAUAUUAUGCCCUGUUAAAAGAUCGGCUAAAAACAUUUGAAAAUUCAGAAUGGCCAGCUGACCAUCCCAUGGAUAAGGAAGAAUUAGCAAAAGCUGGUCUAUUUUACGCAGGAGUUGGAGACCUUUGUGAAUGUUACUGCUGUGGAGGACAGCUAGAAGAAUUUGAGGAGGGUGAUAUCCCAGUUGAGGAGCACGAUAAAUAUUUCAGUGACAUCUGUGUUCUUGCUAUGAUCCGCAAAACAAAAUGACUUUACAAAAUGACUGUGAUGCCUUGUAGCCAUUUCUAUUUCGACAAUAAUGCGUUUGCUGGGUUUGUCACUUAGCGAACAGCCAAAGUCAAUUAGAGGAGAGGUCACCUUGUAAGAGCAGAUGGCUACCUCAUUGGGAGACCCAUUACUUGUCAUAGAGUGUAAUAAACAGUGAAGUGUUUUGCCCAAGGACACAACCACAUCAGCACAGACUGGUCAGUUCCUCAGCUUCCCAAGAAGCACAAACUAUCAUCAGUAAGGAGGUUCGAACCACCCACCUCAGACCUUCACCUGAGGUUACACUGGCAUAACACUUAUCUUUAAAGUACAAGUGUUACUGUAAUCAUACCUGGAGAUAGACACCAACUAGUUUACAUAAAUUUCAAUUUUUGGUGUAAUUUUUGGACAAAAACUUUUUGAGAAAUUAUUACAAAUUUUUUAUUUUUUUAUAAACAUUCCUUUCAGGUUUUGUUUGUAAAGCCAAUUUGAAACAGACUAUCAGACAGGUACCUCUUUGGGAAGAAAGAUAUUUUGGGGGUAAAAUGUCUUAUUUGAGUGUACAUGUAUUUUGAGAAUUUUAGUAAGAAUUUCAUUUUCUUUUUAUAUUUACAUAUAUCUAAACAUGACAAUAGUAUUUCAAUGAGGUUUACAUAUUAUUAGUAAAAAUUGAUGUGAUUUUUGGGAGGGGGAAAGGAGACACAAAUUUUAGAAUUUUAGUGUAUUUUUCUUCAAAAUUAUUUAACUAACAUAGCAGAUGAGACAAUUACAUGAUGUUGAUCAUGUGAUGUGAUUCUGAUCUCCCAGAGUUACUUCCCUUUUAUUUCACUUUCUAUUAGUGAUAGUAGAAUGAUAAAAGCGGAGAGUCCAUACACAUUUUGAACAUAUGAAAAUUUCAUGGAGCAAGGAAUCCCAUCAUUAAACCUGUGAUUUCACACAUCUCAUAAUUAAUUUUACGAUAUUACCCAGGUAAGAAUUUCCAAAGUAAGAAAAGAAAAACUACUUUGCUAAACUUUGAAUUUUCAUUGCACUUGUACCAGGUAUGUAUUCUGUUUGAAAUUUUUGGAAUGCGUAAAUAUAAUCUCUUACUCUAAGGAAAUUUGAUACUUGAUUGAAAUAUAUAGCACUGACAAAGAAAAUGAAACUUGAUCAUUGUUAAGGUAUUUCAUUAUAAAUCAGUUGUUGAUAUUUGUGUUACAAUAUAUAGUUGAUGAUAUGUGUGUAUAUAUAUAUAUAUAUAAGGUUUUAGGAAUAUAAGAAACAAAAUUAAUCAGUAAAGCUGGAACUAUAUUACUAUGAAUCCAAAAACUGGUUUACAAUUUUCCUCUUUGUCGCAUAUUCCGGUUUAGCUUGUUUAGGUGUCGUAUUCUCAGACGAUGGACUCAGCAUUCCUGACUUUGAUGUAUUAAGCCAACUAUGUACUGUCGGAGAAUACGACACCUAAACAUAUGAUAUCUGGAAAUAAAACUGAAUUAACCUUC